UAAUAAUUGAACAGUUGGUCACACUACCUUUAUUUGUCCAUUUUUAUGUUGAACCAAUCAAUUUAUAGCGGCGUUCUGGUUUAUUUAAAUAAUAGAAAUAUCGUUCAGAAAUAUCGAUACGAAGUAAAAAUAAAAUAAGUUGGAUUAAUAUAUAUUCGUAAUAUAAUAUGGCUUCUGUGGAAAUAUUUGCGUACAAUUAUGUGAAAUAUACAUGAAAUUACUUGUUUUUAUACCAGCAGAAAAAUUACACAGAAUCAUAAAAAGACAGAUAAAGAAAUGAAAGAAAAGACCCAGAAUAAAUAUGCACCAAAGGUCGUGUUUUGGACUUCGUUUUUCGUGAUAGUGUUUGCCUUCGUCGCCAUUACGUCGGAUUCGCUGGGCUACAAACUCCCAGUACUUGUUCCCGACACAAGAAACGCGUCCUUAUACGAUUUCUCCCACAAACAGCCAUUCUAUGAGAACACGUCAUCAGGAAAAAGCACAUUUACAGCAAGAAAUACAUUUCACACAUCCUCUCCAAAGAACAUUUCUACAACUACUAUAUCCAAUAUGACGACAACAAUAGAUUCUAAAUCUCUUGCAGUCAUGAAAACGCACGUGGCGUUUUUGAAAGUCCACAAAGCAGGGUCGACAACUAUGCAAAACCUUUUUUUCAGAUUUGGUAUUCGGCAUAAUUUAAAUAUUCUCCUUCCGAGAAGAGGCAACUAUCUAAAUUCACCGGGUCAGAAGCUACCAUUAAAGUCUGGUCAACACUACGAUAUUUUUGCAUGCCACACCGUUUAUAACACGAAGUGGUUUAAAAGCCUACUUCCGGCAGAUUCGGUAAAUAUCGCCAUCGUCCGUGAGCCGGUCGAGAGAAUGAUCAGUUCAGCAUACUAUUAUAGGGAUAUUUUUGGUGUUAAAUACUUAAAAAGAAUUCCAUCCGGCAAUUUCAUUCAUAAUCUCGUCAACUUUCCUGAAAAAUACAAUUCAGCAUUUUUCUCGCAGACAAGAAACUCCAUGGGUAAAGAUUUCGGAUUUCGCAAUGGUAUUCAGCAAAAUGAAAAGGAUCAAAUAAAAUCAUAUUUGGAUAAACUCAAUUCGGAAUUCUUACUCGUUAUGAUUAUGGAAAAAUUUGACGAAUCUUUAGUCAUGUUGAAAAGGCUUCUUAACUGGUCAUUUAUUGAUAUUAUUUAUCUCAAAACCAACUCACAUAAGCAUAAUCCAAUUGUGCUUAAUGCUACAGAAAUAGCAAACUUUAGAAAAACAAGCUAUUUAGACUAUGAAAUUUAUGAUUAUUUUACCGAAGUAUUUGAAACAAAGUUAAAAACGAUAGGAAAUGAUUUCUACGAUGAAGUGAAGUUUUUUCAAAAUGUUUUAGAUCGAGUCCAUGAUUUUUGCUCGGCUGGGAAAGAAGCCUCCUCGGUGUCAAUUUUAAGUUCGAAAUGGGAUAAACAGUUUGAAGUGAAAACUAGUGAUUGUCAGUUGAUGAACACCAAGGAAAUACAAUUCAUUAAUAAACUUCGUUCAAAUACUAUGAAACGACGGAAGUAAUAUAUAGAAAACACGUUUGUUGUUGAUGACCCCUUUCAUACACCAUUCAAUCUGAAUAAGAAUUAUUACAUUCUACUACGGAAGCGGUGAAAUGAUUUUUUUUAAAUUAAAUUUGCUAGUGUGAUGGUAUACCGAAGGGCGUUUAAAACUUUUGAGAUUAGCAAAAUGCGUGAUGAAUUUAACAAUAUAAACAUGAUACUAAGAUGUCAUGUGAGUGGAUGUGUUGAGAAGCCUUGCAAACGCUCUGUAGCGGUUACUUCCCCUGAUCAGUUCAUAAAGAAAGCGUACGUGAUGUUCAAUAUUCUAUCACAAGAAUAUUUUGAGCGAUGGAAUUGAGCAACGGCAUGUCUAUUCCAUAACGUGUAUAAAUGUGCAUGUUCAGUCGGAACUCCUCGGGCGACUUCGAUAAGUCUUACAUAAUUGUCGGAGAUAGCCGAGUUAUUACGAUGAGUGCAUGCAACAACGGGAAUUGUUUGAACGCAUUAUGCGAUUUAUGGAAUUCUGUGUCAAAUCUCAUUAUGAGACAUGACACGACUAAGAAAACACGUGUCACAAACAGACGAUAUUAGAGUUGAGUCACAAGAUAUAAAUAAGUGCAAGAUGGCGUUCUUAAACAUUUGUGUCAAAAUCUGAUUGAAUUUUAAUGUAUAUGUAAAUAUUAGAAACCAUGCGUAAAACUUUCUUUUUUGUUUUCGUGUGACUUACUUUCCAGAUAUUGCUCGAUCUACUUACUAUACAUCUGAAAAGAACUCUUUUACUCUACAGAUCUUUCAGCAAGAUUUUAUAUGGACCUCUACGAUAUAAAAUGUCAAUAUUAUGCUUGGUUUUGUGUUUUUAAUGAAGGAAGAAAGCUUAUUUUCAUUCAUUUUGGUACAAUAUUAUACCGUCUCGUGUGACUUACUAUAGCUGCAUUUGUAAUUUUCACGCAAUACAAACAAUGUUCUCAAAAACCAUAAAAGUAAGACAAUAAACUUGGUAUUUAUAUUUAAAGAAAGUUGCCGUGCAUAUGAUAGGCUAGGUCUAGUUUGGAUUAAAGAAACGUUUUUCACCUAAAUUUAUAAUAAUAAUGAACUUACCGGGGCUCAGAAGUCGCCAUUACUCGUUUGUAUAACUUUACAGUCACGUGAUUACCUCCGGACAUUUGUAUAUAAAAUUAUAUUGUUUUAAACACCAAAUAAACACGUUUCACUGAUGCCAAAGUAAGAGAAAAUCAACUGAACAGUGCGUAAUGUUAAGUUAAACCCUCAAAAUACACAUAAAUGGUAUCGGGCCCACCACACUGCGUUGCAAUCGAAUCAACCACCGUCUGCUUUGUAAUCGUUUUUGUCAAUCCUUUUAUAAAAAGGCAAUAACAAUUUCCAAAAUUUCCAAAAUACGGUUGUUUUGUGUAAGUAUCAUACAUAAGAUGUGAUUUUGGUGUAUGUAGGGGUCGUUUUGCACCCAUUUUCAAACAUCAUGAUCCUGUAAUGUGUCCAGCUGUGUGUGGAGGGGGGGAUUUGCUUGUUUCUUACGGCAUGUCUUGGUGUCCUGGUAAAGCUUCCAAAAAUUAAAUUAUACUGAUAGACAUUUAUCUGAACCAUCUUUGCUUCUAUUUCAUUCUUGCAGUAAGAUGGAACUCAAUAAUACUUUACUACAAUAAUGACAAAUUAUUUUACGUUACCAGCUAACAAAGAUCAAACAUGCUCCUAAAGAAGGAAAAAAGACUUGUUUCUGCUGAGGUAUAAUGCAUGGUGGCUAAUUUGUGACAUUCGUGUUUUCGACCCGCGACCCCACCAAGCGAAAAGUAGAGAAUUAACAAGUGAAAAUGGCGGGGCUCUGAGCGAAAACACGCUAAUUAGCGAGAGCGCUGGGCGAAGUUAAUAAACAAAAGCUAAUUUUCUCCUCCGCUAAUUAGCGUGUUUUCGCUCCGAGCCCCACCAUUUUAACUUUUUAAUUCUCGACUUUUAGCUUGGGCGCGGGGCAAAAAAUAUUAUCUUUUAAACUCCACCCCGCUAAUGAAAGUGUUUUCGCUCCGCGCUCGCGCCAUUUUCACUCGUUAAUACUCGACUAUUCGCUUGGCGGAAUUGCGG